AUGUCAUCUGAUCUAGAUAAGAAAUUGUGUUAAAAGCAUAAAUUAGAAAUUUUAACUAUAGAUUUAAAAUAAUCAACUGCUGACGAGGACAAAUACCUUUGUAUAAAGUGCCUUAUGGAAAAAAUUGAUAUUUAAAACAUGGCUUUGGUUGAAGAGACAAAAACAAUGAUUAAGUAAAUGAAGAGUGAGCAAUUGAAUAACAAAAUCAAAGAAUAUUAAAGUAGGAUUGAAAGUUUUAGAUAAAUACAAUCAUAAGUUAAAGAAUUUAAAUUAUUGAUAAACAACACUAUUGACAAAGUUUAAAAUAACAUAGAUUAAAAAAUCACUCUAAUGGAGAAUGAACUAGAUGAAUCAGAAUCAAAAACUUUUGUUUCUUCUUUUGAAGAAGAUGUCAAAAUAUUAUCAAAGAAUUACAAAGGAUCAUUUCGCUUUGAAGUACCUAAAGAAUUGGAGAAGUUUCUAGAUGACAAUUCUUAUAUCGAUUCUAUUUAACAAUAGUUACAAACUAUAAUAAAUUGCCCAAAAUUAACAUAAAUUAAAGAAGCCUUAGAAAAGAAUAAAGUGGAAAGUGGAAAUUCAGAAAUAAAGUAACUAUAACUACUUUCUAAAAAGGAGGAGGAUCCAUAGGUAAUUAUUAUUUUUUAA